GCAAUCAAGUUGAAUUUGGGAGGGGCGAAGCCACGGCUUAGGACGCCGUUGGCUUCCUCCCUUGCGCCAGCCUAGCCGGGUGCCAUGAGCCCCGCGCAGCUCUUCGCGCGGCGGGGGCCGUUGUCCUACGACCAGCUGGCCCGGACUGGACGCCCAAGUGGCCUGAGACUGGGGAAGCUGCGCACGGAAGAUGCGCGCAGGGAGUUGGAGGCGCUCCGGGGUCAGCGGCUGCAGCUGGAGCUGGGCCUUAGCUUCUUCGAAGCCAAGGCGCGCCUGGGCGCCGUGCUCGCGGCGGCGAAGCUUUCGGCGGCGAAGGCGGCGACGGCGAAGCCGCGGCGCUUCCGGCGCCACCGGGGCUCGGCGAUGGCGGAGCCGCUGGCGCUGCCAGCGGCGCCGUGCUGCCGCAGGCUGCUGCAUUUGGCGGGUAAGGAGUUGGGCAUGGACACCGAGGGCGAGGGCUUCGAGACUUUGGUCAACGGCCUGGCGCGGGUCUACACGCCUGGCGCCGGCUUGCCGCGCCACGUGGACCACGAGAUGUUCCAGGAGCCGGUGCUCGCCAUGGUUCUGCAAGCUGCGCCAGGGGACGGCUUGCGCCUCUGUCAGGCGGAGCACAUCAUCGCGGAGGCGGGCGGCGGGGCGCCGGCGCUGCGCGCGGUGCUCCGGGCAGAGCCGGGGUUCCGGGUCCAGGAGGAGGACGGGUUGCUGAUAUGCCUGGAGAAGGCGGCAAGGUAUGACUUGGCGCAUGAGGUGCCUGCCGUCUCCUCGCAGCGGAUUUCCCUGACAUGGCGAUGGUUUCGCCCAGAGUUUCUGGAGCAGCUCCAGCGGAUGGAAAUGCAGCUAGGGGAUGCAGGGUCAGGUGUGCUUUCGACGGCACCAGCUCUGAUGGGCCAAGCAGCAGGGCAAAAAAACAUGGCAUCGAGCAGGACCUCCGUCAGGCAUCUGAAGAAACUUCGCCCGUUUUCACGGCGGCCGAGUGAACGACGCUCAAAUGCUGCAACUUCUACCUCAGGACGCGAUACCGGGCGCUGCGCUUGCAGUGCAGGGCAGCAUUCAGAGGGCAUCGCCACAUGCAAAAGGAAAGAUGUCCGGUGUAGCAUGUUGCAAUCAUAGGUGUC